GGACUGAGAAGUAACCACAAUGAAUGCGCUUAUGGUACUCAGACGAUCAAAUGUGAGGAGGUUUUUAGUUCCCAUUUCCGAACCUAACAGAAUUAGUGUUAGACAUUAUGACAUUCCUGAAGAAGUAGCAAAGGUGGCUACCCAACCGGACCCGAGUUUUUACCGCAUGGUGGAAUAUUACUACCACAACGCGGUGAAGGUAGUCGAGCCGGCGCUGCUCGAAUAUCUCAAGAAACAUAUGCACAUGUCCGACAAGAAACGGACUAACAGAGUCGCUGGUAUUCUUAAGGUGAUGGGAUCAUGCAACAGCUCAAUACAGUUCGAGUUCCCACUACAGCGCAAAAAUGGUUGCUACGAAAUCAUUCACGCGUACCGUUCCCAGCACAGUGUCCACCGACUCCCUUGCAAAGGAGGUAUCAGAUUCUCGGAUAAGGUGGAUCAAGGAGAGGUGAAGGCACUUGCAGCGCUGAUGACGUAUAAGUGCGCCUGUCUUAACGUGCCCUUCGGCGGAGCUAAAGGAGGUAUUGCCAUAAAUCCUAGAAACUACUCUGUUGCUGAACUACAGAGAAUUACCAGAAGAUAUACGUUAGAGUUGGCCAAGAAGAACUACAUUGGAGCAGGCAUAGACGUUCCUGCUCCGGAUGUAAACACAUCUGGAAGGGAGAUGUCCUGGAUCGUCGACACAUACAUCAAGACUUUGGGAUACCAGGACCUGAAUGCAUCGGCAUGCGUGACGGGAAAGCCUAUCAAUGGCGGAGGCAUCCACGGCCGAGUGCAAGCUACAGGGCGAGGAGUCUUCAUCGCCAUCCAAGUCUUUAUUCACGACAAGAAGUACAUGGAUAUGAUAGGUUUAGAGACAGGUUUCAAGAACAAAACUGCGGUGAUUGAAGGGUAUGGCAACGUGGGUAGUUACGCCGCGUUGUACCUAGAAAACCACGGGGUCAAGAUCAUUGGAAUCGUCGAGUUCGACACCUGCCUCAAGAGCGACAAAGGAAUCAACACAAAGGAGUUGAUGGAGUACAAAGAGCGCAAUAAAGGCAGCGCCAAGGGUUAUAAAGGCGCCGAGGAGACCAACAAAGACGUCAUAUUCACAAAGUGUGAUAUUAUUGUAGCCGCUGCUCACGAGAAGACCAUCACUUCUGAAGUGGCUUCGAAAUUGCAGUGCAAGAUAAUAGCUGAAGGAGCGAACGGUCCAAUAACACCUUCAGCAGACGCGGUUCUCCGCAACAAGAAGAUUCUAGUGAUUCCGGACCUGCUGUGCAACGCCGGCGGCGUUACCGUCUCCUACUUCGAGUUCCUCAAGAACUUGAACCAUGUCAGUUUCGGGAAACUGAGUAUCAAGUUUUGGAGGGACUCUAAUACAGCACUACUAGACUCCGUGGAGAAGUCGUUGAAGAAAGCGAACAUCGACGCGAAGAUCGCGCCCACCGAACUGUUCCACACGAUGAUGUCCGGCGCCAACGAGGAGAUCAUCGUCAACACGGGGCUCGAGUACUCCAUGACUAACGCCUGCCAGAAUGUAAUUCGCGCUGAAAUUGCGCAUAAUUUGGGCUUAGACUUGCGAACGGCAGCCUACAUCACGUCUAUCGUCAAGAUUUUCACCACGUACGAUGAAAUGGGCCUUGCAUUCUAGCCUUCGUUAUUGUCCACCAAUGUUGUUACUGAAAUAAUAUGACUCGGAAAUCGAUUUUUCAAGUUUGUGAAUGUGGGAAGCUAUCUUAUAUUUAAGCUUAAGUUGAAAUUGAAACUAAAUUUUAAGAGAACUCGACAUUUGUAAAUUUAUCACCGCAAAGUGAAAGAAACACAAUAAGUUGUCUUCAUUUAUUUAUGUCGGAAUUGUUACCUGUUUGGAACGUCUCAUAGAUAUAUUUAAGGGAGGAAUGUGAUUAUUUUCGAUGUGAUCAAGCAGGAUCGCGUGAUAGUUCUUGUUAUGUAGGUUAAGAUCUUUCCUGAAGCCGUUUGUUCCUUUUGGAUUUAUUUAGAUGCCAAUGCUUUUCCGGUCUCAUAGCACAUGAAGUAAGUUUUAAGUUUUUAUUUCUGUGUUAGUGUCGUUUCAAAUGUGAUUUUGUAGGUCAACAUAGCUACUAUUAAAAACACAUUCCUCUCUUGGAAUUGAAUUCCUUGUAAUUUUAGCAAUGCACAUUGUAGCAGGUAGGAUUUACCUUUGAAACUUCUAGACAUAUAUAUAAUAAAUAAAUAACUUCACCAUUUCAAUUACCGCAAUUUUGUUAACCUCAUUUUACUUAAUUUUAUACAUGUUUUAAUAGCUUAUUUUUAUUAAAUGUAAUUUUAUCAGUAUGAGAGCAGUUUAUAUUUGAAGAUUAAGGAGUUUAUUUUUGUUUUGUGUUGCUUCCUAGACAAUGUGGCCGAGGACAGGAAACCAAAGACAUAUAGACGCAAGAUUUAUAUGGUCCAGCGCAUGUGCAAUGUAACUUUUUUUAUUUAAAAUGUAUAUUAUCGUAUUUGUUACACUUGGUUAACGUAAAAAUGAUCUAUACCUCUACCAUGAGUGAUCUAUACUAGAUGUCAGCGCAGGCUCUAGACCAUGUAACACUCGGGCGCAAUUAGCACCUGGCGCCCUCUAGUUCGCACGCAAUCAAAAUGUGAUAUAUAUUUUCCUUCAUCAUCCACAGCCAGAUUUCACCCACUGCUGGGUAUAGGCCUCCCGAAUUUUGUGCCAACCACAAAGGUCCUGUGCUAGCCGCAUCCAUUGACGUUCCGUCGACCCUUUCUCUUUUUUGCCCAUCCACCCAGACACUUUUUUGCCCAUCCUCGGCCACAGAUCAGUCGACAUCUUGCUGCAUCUGCCAUCACCUCCCGUUACUAUGUGAAGCCCAACCCCAUUUGAGUUGGGCUUUCGCCAGUCGUCGGAUCUCAACGUUCGGAAGUCAGUCAACAAGGCCCUCUGUGCAACUCUCAGCCUAUAUACAGUCUCCUGAUAUGGCAGUCUCACUUUCGAGAUAUGGCAGUUUAAAUUUUGAAAAUGUUUCUCUCUUGUUUUAUUUUCUAAACUUAUAAUGUCAUGUAACUACAGAGAUAUUUAUUAAUGUUUACAUGUUGGAUUUUUUUUCUGAUUUAAGAGGUUAGACUUUAGGAACCGUUUGGUACAUAUAACUCAUUUUUUUAUAAUCUUAUGGAUCGGAUCCAUUUUGCUUAACUACGUCUAAUUUUGACUGCUAAAGUAAGGCGUGAGUGUCACCACACUGGCGCUGCAUGUUUCUAAACAGUGUUGCGCUUCUAUUUGAAGGCUCCCUAAAACCACCGCCCUCCGACACUCUGCACGAGUCUAAAUCGGUAAUUAUCACUAGAUACUGCAUGUGAUACUUGACAACUUCAUAUGGCAAAUUAUUAACAGUCACAAGAGGAGGAGGAGAACAUUUUGUAUACAAAUAUUUGUAUAUAAAAUACCUCAUGGUAGAUUUCCUGAACGGUCAAGCUGACUAAAUUCAAGGCUGAAGUGAAUAGGCGUUUUUUUAGACAAAGUCGUACCAUCGUCAGCCACAUUACCUAUAGCUUGCCGAGCGUAUAUUACUACGCAGAAAAAUUCAUUUUCAGUUCAUUGGCAUAAUUUUUGUGAACUGUGCAGUGAUAUUUUGAGCCCACAUACCAGUUUUUUUUUAUUAAUUUCAUCGUUUUGUAGCCGUCUGACCGUUGAGAACUGACGAACUUCCGACGUAUCUUUGUAUGACGUGUGAUAUAUGUCAUAGUCACAGUGCAAUUGACCAAACAAAAAUAAGUUUGUCAUCUGGUUUGUCCUUGUUCCAAAGCUAGAUGUAAUAAUAAGUAAUACAACGGUAUAUACCGUUGUACUUUUAACAUUGUUGUACCCUUAGCUAUUGUCAUUGACUUACAAUUAUAUGGACGUCGGGUCCGCGCUAAAAAGUGUCCGCACUUGUAAAGCGCUAAAAUCGUAUA